ACACACGCGCUCCCUCUAGCAGCUCACGCUAGAGACAACAGAACACGUUACAGUCGAAAACAAACACGAGAUAUCAGCUGAAACUCACCUCGACUGGAGCAGGAGGACGUGCAUUUACUGUCUAGUAGAAACACGCGAUUCUGACCGAGAUGCCGCGAUGAAGACUCGCCUCCGAAACUGGUCUUCUUCAUCCGGAAAGAUGAACUUUAUAAAAGAGGAGAGCGAGGAGAUGAGGAUCCCCGAGCCGUGGAGAGUGAAGGACGAGCAGACGGAGGAACACAGAGGCUCGCUGGACGUGAAGGAGGAGUGUGAUGAGCUGGAUGUGGACGAGGACCCCCAGCGUCUCCUCAGCGGACAGAAGAUCCUGAGCUGCUCCGAGUCGGGAAAGAGCUUGUCUCAGAAGAGAGCUCAGAGAACCAACGGCUUCUUCUUCACCUGCCUCGAGUGCAAACAGAGCUUCGAGUCCAAGGAGCACCUGAUGGACCACUUCAGGAUUCACAACGGAGAAAGCUGCAAAGAGACCGAAACCAUCCUGACGCCGAAAGCGGCUCAGAGUACGGAUAGCAGACUGCCCUUCACCUGCUUUCAGUGCCAGAAGAGUUUUGCAUGUAAACAGCACCUGAUGGAUCACUACAGGAUCCACACGGUGGAGCGACCGUUCCCCUGCGAUCAGUGCGACAAGAGCUUCAUUCACAAGCAGAGCCUGAAGAAUCACCUGAGAGUUCACACAGGCUUGAGGCCACACGUGUGCCAUCUGUGUGGCAAGAGCUACAUCCACAAAGACAACCUGACGGAUCACAUCCGGAUCCACACCGGAGAGAAGCCCUUCUCCUGUGAUCAGUGCGGAAAGAGCUUCACACACAAGGGAAGCCUCCUGCAUCACAUGAAGAUCCACACCGGACUCAAGCCCUUCACCUGCCGCCAGUGCGGACGCCACUUCACUCACAAAGGAAACCUGAGGAUUCACACACGCGUUCACUCCGGAGAAAGACCCUUCACCUGCCCUCAGUGCGGCAAGAGCUUCAUGUAUCACGGGAACCUGGUGGGACACAUGAAGAAGCACUCAGGAGAGAAACUGUUCCACUGCAGUCAGUGCGACAAGAGCUUCGCCCAGACCUGGCAUCUGAAGAAACACAUGAAAACACACGCCACCGAGCGACCCUUCAUGUGCUCUCAGUGCGGACACGGCUUCUUAACUCACCACAACUUCACAGAGCACCAGAAGAUCCACACCGGAGAGAAGCCGCACGUGUGCUUCGACUGCGGGAAGGCCUUCACCAGACUCAUAUACCUGAAGCGGCACCAGAGGAUCCACACCGGAGAGAAGCCGUACAAGUGCGCUCGCUGCGGGGUGUGCUUCACCGUCAUGGACUCGCUCCGAGCACACGAGCGAGUGCACACCGGAGAGAAACCCUUCAAGUGCCCGCUGUGUGGGAAGUGCUUCGGACGACUGAGUACACUACUGACUCAUAAGAAGAAGCACUGCCCCAAACUGACAGACGAGAAGCUGCUGUGA